AUGGCUGAGAACAAAAGAGCUGACGAAACAAUGCGGCAUCAGUUCAUCGGCACCUACAGUGGUGUAACGCGCAUGUACCCAAGACGUUAUUGGCGGGUCGAGCCCUCGCCGAUCACUAUCGAUUUAUUUGAUCCGAAAUUUCGUCCGUGGUUUGUGAACACCGAAUCGGCUCCAAAGGACAUCCUAUUUCUCAUCGAUUAUUCUGGCAGUGUCAAAGGACCAACAAUGCAUCUCAUCAAAAUCACAAUGAUGUACAUCUUAUCGACACUCUCGCCGAACGACUAUUUUUUCGGCGUGUAUUUCAAUUCCGUCUUCUCGCCGAUACUUAACUGUUCCGGUGGGACGUUUCUUCCGGCAACCACUAGUAACAAAAAGAUCUUUUUCGAACGCCUUGGUGAAAUUGAAGAAAAAGAUCAAGCCCAUGUGUCACCACCGUUGAAGUUUUCCUUGGAUGCAUUGAGAGGAAACUUGAACUCUUCCGAUUCUGUGUUUGCCAACUAUCGGUCAGGUGGCCACAAAAUAUUGAUGAUAUUCACAGACGGUUUAGACGAAUGGCCUCAUGCAGUGAUGGACGAGGAGCUACGAAAUCGUGACGGCGAUGUGAUUCGCAUGUUUGGUUUCUCAAUGGGAUACGGUACCGGGCAACUACCGUUACUACAUUGGAUGGCGUGUAAUACUUUCGCGAAGUAUUCAGUCAUUGAUUCAAUUAUGGAUGUAAAACCACAAUCGCGAUCAUUUCUCGACCAUCUAAGUGUCGCUCUUGGUCGAUCUCUGGAAAACACACCUAUUGAAGCGCGAAGAAUCAGUUGGACUACGCUCUACAUGGAAACACAAGGAAUCGGUCCAACGGUAACAAUCUCGUUACCAAUAGUGUCAAAACCUGACGGUAUCUGGUUGGGUCAACGAAUUGCAGGCAUCGCUGGUAUUGACAUUGGACUCUCCGAACUCACAGAAAAACUGCCGAAAGAAGAACAGUUGUACGGUAUAAUUGUCGACAGCAAUGGAAUUAUUGUUUAUCAUCCGAAACUGAUUAUUCCGGUUACUGAAGUGCAUUCAGUAAGACGUAGCGCAUGCUAUGAUGCCUCGCAUGUUCGCCAUCGAGCUGGAUCUGGACUUAGGGUUCAGUAUGGUUUCAGUGAUGAGCGUGUUUAUCGAUUAGUUGGGCUUAUUGACAGUAUACCCACUAUUGAUUUGUUCGAACUCGAAGGGAAUUCAACCGCCGUCAGUGGAUUGCGACACGGUAUUGUGAGCAGAACAUGCGACUCGAACGUCAUUGUCGAUGUAUAUAUUUGCAAAACUCCGGAGCGUAGGUGUCUGGGGUGGGGAACGAGCGCGCUAUUGUCCUUUCCGGAGAGUAACUUCUUCCUCAUAUUCCAGAAUUCUUUGCUGUUCUAUAGUUGUUUUCAAAAAAAAAAAAUUCCCUUCCAUACCUUCGGGGCCGGCAAAUUUGUACCAGAUUUGUCUGGGAGGAUAGCAGCACUGGCUCGAUACAUCGGAAGACCA